AUGAUGAAACUGUUACCUUCUACGAUUGAUACGAAAGACUUGCUGAUUAAUGGUGAUAGUGGUGACAACAAUGGCGACAAUAACAACACCAACAACAACGAGGAUUAUGCAUUCUCAUCAAAUCUUUUUAUUCGACCUAAUGGAUAUAAACAUUUUCUACCGGUUAGAUAUCCUAAGAGAACAACUGCUAAAUGGUUCGACAAUAUCCUAAGACAAUUGGAGAAGAAUAAAUUUCUUCAAUGGACUAUUAUUACACUGUCAGACUAUGAUACUUGUAUAGGCUUACAACUGAUUCAAUGGAAUAAUGAUAUCUUAAAAUUAACCUGUCAAAUAGCACCAGUUUUACAGCAGAUUAACUUGUCAAAUCUUAAUUUGACCAACCUACCAUUUGACUUGUUGAGUCAAUUUUCUACACGUUUAUUUUCAUUAAAUUUAAGCUUUAAUCAGUUUGAAAUGAGCAUAUUUAAAGAUUUUAAAUCAGUGUAUUUAUGGAAGAGGAGACAAAAACGCGAUGAUAAUAAAGUUAGACAAGACGACUGUUGGUUACAAACGCUGAAUGAAUUACACUUGGAUCAUAAUGCCCUGGAAGAUGUCAUCACUGAAGAAGCAGUUCAUUAUAUGACUGGUUUGAAAAGGUUAUUUAUUCAAAAUAAUGCUAUAACUAGUCUGAGAGGUUUGCAUAGCCUUAUACACUUGCGUGUAAUCAGAGCUGAUUUUAAUAAAAUCACUAAUAUAAAUGAUAGUGUACUCAGUUUGAAAAAGAUUGAAUAUGCAUAUCUUUCACAUAAUCGUAUCACACAACCAAUAUCUGGUAUUCGUUUAAAAUAUUUAAAUCAUCUUCGAGUUAUUGAUUUAUCUUAUAAUGGUUUAUCUUUUUUACCAGCAGUUAUCUUCAAUCUGCCUUGUUUACAAACAUUGAAAGUUGAUCAUAAUAAUUUGUACAGUCUGCCUACAAUUCGAUCAAAUUCAAGAAUUUCAAAAGAAUUAAUCGAAUCAAUUGAUCUGUCGUAUAAUCAAAUCAAUGCAAUAUCUGAUGGACUGCUUAGAAUAACAAAACACUUGGAUUUGAGUAGAAAUAAGCUGAGAAUAUUUCCUGCCUCACUGCUUAAAAUGAUUGCAAAUAUGACAAAGAUAAGGAAUAAAAAACCCUCAGAAAUUAUUCAACUUGAUUUAAACGACAAUCCUAUAAUAUGGCCACCGUCUAAUAUUGUUGAAGUUGGUAUAAACGCUAUGAUAGAGUACUAUUUAGAAUCAAGAACUGAGAUACAAUCAUAUUAUGGUAUAAAGACAAUGUUUUUAGGCGCUAAAAAUUCUGGUAAAUCCAGUCUAGCUAUGAGUAUACUAGACAGACAAACACAUAUGACAGAGAGCAGAGAAGAGAUGACAUACAGCAUUGAUUCUUACAUGAUACAUUAUGAUGCUGUAGAGCUGACACCGAAAGUAUGCAAAAGUCAGGUAGAUAAUGAAACAACACUCAAGUCACAAACAAUGAACACUCGUCCAACAACUAUCACUUUAUGGGAUUGUUCUGGACACAUGGCUUACACACCAUUGAUAUCAUUUUUCACUUCCUUAUCAACUGUCGUUACAAUUCUAGUCGAUAUUACAAAGUUUGAGUAUAAUUCAUCUGGUACAGACAAUAUAAGCAUUAAAACCUCUGACAGUUACUUCUACAAGUCAAUUGGUAUCUGGCUUGACAUUGUUAUGUACCGAUUAAACUUUCUUAAGGUUAUUCUACUCGCGACUAAAUGUGAUCUUAUAUCAUCUGAAAAAGAAUUAGACCAACGAAUGAAACAUUUAUACAGUCAAACAUCAAAUUAUUUAAAAACACGACAUUUUUGGUUAAAAGAUCAAAUUACCCGGAUAGAAUCAUCGAUUCAAAUAUCACAAGCUACUUCACAAUACUAUGAACACUUAAAUAAUAUUUAUGAAAAUGCCUACAUUUCUAUUUAUCCUAAUGUGAUCCCAAUCAAUUUAACAAAGCUUUCAAAUCCCCCGCUAAUUAAUUUCGAUCAAUUAUGCUAUACACUAUUUGAUUUCGUGAUUAAAACGCCUACGCAUUUACCAGUUUGUUUAACUGCAUUACCACAUAUAUGGUCUGAUAUUGAAAUGUAUUUAGAUGAUAUAAAACAUAAUUAUAAUUCAAAUUUAAACAAGCUCAGCAAUGAGGUGAAUGCAUGCAUUUUGUCUAAAGCAUAUUUUAGCCAGUUACUACAAAAUAAAUUUAAUUUGAAUACAAUAAAUUUAAAACAAUUACUUAUAUAUUUGAAUAAUACAGGGAGAAUAUUAAUUCCUGAUGCUUUUCUAUCAAAAGAAGAAGAGAAAUAUUUGAAUACAACAAUGAAAUCAUUUACUCGACCAUAUCCAAAGGCCUAUGUGAUAAUUGAUUGUGAUUUAUUCCUAGAAUCAGUUAAAUAUUUAAUCCAUCCUAACCUCCUAUCUAUUAUUGAUACAACUCAACACAAUACUAAUAGUAAUAAAACACAGUAUAAAGAUCCUUGUGUACCUGAAACAUUUCAAAAAGAAUUACUUAGACACUUUUAUUCAGCUACACGACAAGGUGCAAUAAAUCGAUUAGCACAAAGUUGUUCAGAGUUAAAUAAAGGUUCAGGGAUUGUAAGCGCUUAUUUAUGGAUUGCAUUAGUGGAAUACAAUCAUUUAUAUGUGACAAAAAAUAAUCUUGAUAUUGGCAAGUCAUAUGUUGAAAUACUAUGGAGAUGGUUGGAGUUGGCCUAUCCAGUACCUGAACCAGAAUUGUUUGCAAAUUUUGACUCUGACUUGACUCGAACUGAUAUAUCACCAGAUGGGAUGAAGUCACCAACAUGGAAAUUCAAGUAUUUUCCGUCUCCUAGAGAGCUGGCUUUAGCCUGUGGGAUUAUAUCAUACAAUGACCAGUCAUCAGAAUUACAUGAAAAUCAGUCAGACACAGAUCAGAGUGACGAUAUGGAUACGCGUCAGUCACCUACAAAUCAACAAAUUCAAGAGAUGAUUUGUUCAGAACGAUUACCAGCUUUAUGCUUUCCAUGCUUAAUUCCCCAGAACUGUACCAAUCCAAUGGAUGAAAUGAGCAUUAAUCUAUGGGAGACAGUUUGUCGAAUUGGACCGAGGCCAGUUAUCUUUGUAUAUCGUUUUUCUUAUGGUAUACCUCAAGAAUUAUUUGAUAAGGCUACAGUACGCUUGAAUUGGCCAGAAUACUUUAAAUUUCGAUAUACAGCACACUGGAAGACUGGUGUCCAAAUGUUCAGCAGUUCGAAUCGUAUAGUAGUCAGAUUUUUAUUAGUAAAUCAAUCGAAUGAAGAUUGUUUAAUCAAGUUUGAAUUUCGUGGACUUCCACGAACAAAUAUUGAGUCAAAUUUAAUUGACAAUAAAAGUCAACAAAAUGAUACUACGCCAAACGCAGAACAAACCGAGAAAGAAGUAAAUUCUAUUCCAGACAGAUCUGGUAUUUCUGAGGUAAUAUCCUCUACAGAUCAUAAAGAUAGGAAACAUUACAAGCGUAAACAAAAAUGUCAUUGGCAUAAUUGGCCUAUUUCAGAAAGUGAUCUCUGGGAACUUAUGUUACCUUUGUUAAAAGAGUUUGAUGGAGUUCUGCUGGCAUAUAAAGGUCUAUGCUACAAACGUGUAAUGGAAUGCCCAAAAUGCAAUGAACUGACAUUUGCAGGUGAAUGGUUAACACCUCAAGAAGCACAAACUGUGAAUUAUCGUAAAUGUCCAGCCUGUGCUCACAGGAUACCAAGUUGUCUUGUUGCUCCACCAGAAAGUGGAUUAGAAUAUAAGCGUAAAUCAAAGUCAAAAAGAAAGAAUAAAAAGCAUCAGAAAUCAAGAAAAUAAUCCAUGCG